CGUGCUGUAUUGGUUCCGCGAUGUAACGGAGACCUAGCGUCAUUCGUCACAACGCCGACUUGGGCUUUACACGUUACAGCGACAGGUGCGGUGCUGUCAGUGUGUGAAUAGUGCUACCGACAUCCCGUGCUAUUUCUUGUGUGUAAAUAACAAAUUAUGAACGGCUGAAGGCACACAUCACCUUGCAGGGCAAGUGCAAUGACAGCAGCAUGACAUAAGUGCACAUUAUGUUCAUUCAUAAUCGUAAUCAAGGGUGUGACAAGACAGUUUGUCAUCAUGUCAAAUACAUGACACUGUCACUGACAGUGCAGUGUUCAUGUGCAGGUCGUUUCAUUUAACCCGGCCAAAAUGGAGAGGUAAGCCACCUGUCAAUCAAUCUUACUCCCUCCAGUCCACACUCUUUUUUUUUUUUUUUGGUUCUUUGUAAAUUUCUAUGUACCUAAUGUUUAAAAAGGGACAAAACAGUCGUAAAUAAUACAAGACGCACUGCUGUGCCAAUAAUACUAGACGCACGGCUGUGCCAAUAAUACUAGACGCACUGCUGUGCCAAUAAUACUAGACGCACGGCUGUGCCAAUAAUACUAGACGCACGGCUGCGCCAAUGAUACUAGACGCACGGCUGCGCCAAUGAUACUGGACAAACUGCUGUGCCAACAAUACUAAACGCACUGCGGUGCCAAUGAUACUAGACGCACUGCUGUGCCAAUGAUACUAGACGCACGGCUGAGCCAACAAUACUAGUCGCACUGGUGUGCCAACAAUACUAGACGCACGACUGAGCCAACAAUACUGUACGCACGGCUGAGCCAAAAAUACUAGACGCACUGCUGUGCCAACAAUACUAGACGCACGGCUGAGCCAACAAUACUAGACGCACUGCUGUACAAAUAUUAACAUUAAAUUUUGUUUUAUUUUUUUAAUUUUUUUUUUAUUUUUUAUUUUUUUUUUUUGAAAUAAAUUAAGUUUACUCAAUGGUCCGUUUCUUUCUAUUAUAAUUGAUUUUGAAAAAUACUUCUAAUUACUUUAGGAUUGGAAAUCAANUAUAUAUAUAUAUAUACACACACAUAAACAAACAUGGAAUAGUUUGACUAUAUAAAGAUGAGCCAGCAGGCAUACUGAAAUCAACUGGAUAAAUUGUUUAACACAGUAAAGACACGAGCGAGGGUGACAUACUUUUCAGCCCCAGUGUAUUCCGCAGGUCAAAGCACGCAUUUUCCACGCUGAGUCAGUGAUCCGUAAACAGACGUCAACGGGGUAGACGUUCCGCGGAGGUUCCCGAAAUGUUGUCCAAACAGAGGACAUAAGGUUGUCCGCAAAGACCCCAAAAAUAUUUUGUUGAAAAGGUAUUUGUAUGCUUCUAAUUCUCCACAAGGGUUGUCGACUUCUAUUUAUAGAUGUAAGGAGAUAUCUGCAAGAUGGUUGAUCAUAAAGCGUCAACACGUGUUUAAUCAUUUUUUUUUUUUUAAUUUAAGAAAUUUAGAAAUUUCAUGAUAAGUAUUAAAUUUCGGUAAAAUUAUUGCAAUUUAAUUACCAAAGAAGAUUUCUUUUUUAAACAUUUUAAAAAUGACUCAAAAAUGUUGAAGGCAGAAAAUAUAAACUAAGGUUAUACCAAAUUAUAAUAUAGAUUUUUUGUUUUAUUUAAGAGUCGUAUUCUUCUUAAUGCAAAAAAAAAUGAAAGGUUUUCCAAUUUAAUAUUUGUUGUUUUUUUUAAAAAGAUGAUUAAAUGAAUGAAUUUUUAACUUGUAAGUGAAAAAACAAUUCUUCAAACAAGUGAGAGAUAAGAUAAAGGAACUGUGAAAUAAUGAACAUUUAAAAACAGGGGUUCUCACCAGGGGGUGGGGGUGGAGGGAGGGGGGAGGUGGGUGUUGUCACGUCGCUGUUAAAAAAAAAUUAAGAACCACUGUAGUAAAAAAAUAGGAUGCGUCAUUUACUACAAUGACCCAUUUAAUGACUGCCAAUUCGUGUUUAGGCGUCUAGCAUGUCGUUUGCAGAUAUUGGCUAUGUCUGACUUAUUGAUAUGUGCUUUUAAAGAAAAGGUAAUACCUAUGGGGUGUUCAUUAUGAAAUCUAAUAAUUGUAAUUAUUAACGUACUAAAAUUAGGCGUUUAACUUCAAAUAUGAGUUGUUGUUUUAUUUUAUUUGAUUUAUUGUGUGCUUGUUGGUUUUAAGACGGUAGCGGCCUUUUUGUUAAUGACUUAUCUUUUCGACGUCCUUUGCGUUUUAUCGGAAUUUCAAAAGAUUCGCAACAUCCCCACGGAAUAUUUGUAAUCGCAUCAGCUUUAGCUGUGCAUCUAUUCACUGCGUAUCUGUUGGCUACGUAUCUAUUUAGUACUGUAAGUUGCUAGUUGUAUCUAUGAAGUACUGUAAGUUGCUCGUUGUAUCUAUAAAGUACUGUAAGUUGCUAGUUGUAUCUAUGAAGUACUGUAAGUUGCUAGUUGUAUCUAUGAAGUACUGUAAGUUGCUAGUUGUAUUUAUGAAGUACUGUAAGUUGCUAGUUGUAUCUAUGAAGUACUGUAAGUUGCUAGUUGUAUCUAUGAAGUACUGUAAGUUGCUGGUGUGAAAAGCAGAGAACUUUGAACCGAAGCAAAGUUGGUUGCUAAUUUCAGGGAUGGUGCAACUCGCAGGUUCAGAAAGAACAAUGACGAUGCUCGACAAUGCGAAAGAAAACACAAAUACUUCAUGGAAAAAAGUAGACAUGAGCAAACCAACAAAGCUGUGGACGAACCUCAGAAUAAUUAUAAAACUAAGUGAGAUUAUAACGUGAUUAAUCAUGCUUUUAAAAAAAAAAAUCAUCUACAUCGAGACGUUCAUGUUUAUGUAGCCUAAAGUUCACGAGGAAUCUGUUACGAACAAGAGAACAAAAUAAAUCUAUGUGUACGUGCGUUGCCGUCAUUUCGAUCGUCUUGCUUUCAAUAUGCCGCUGACGAAAUGUACACACGAUACCCAAGGUUCUCUCACUAGCCUCAGUCUGGAUACGAUGAGGCUCUGGUAGCCAAUUCCUCCGACAAGACGCUGACAAAACACAUUGCUUCGGUCAUGAUUUAAAAAAAAACAAACAACACACACAUUGCGGUAACAGAGUGGUUAGCGACGUAAACUGUCUGUGUCGCAAACUGUUUCUUACAAAAUAUUUCCCAACCCCUUAAUGAUAUCAUAAUCUUACGCCACCCAUCUUAACCCCUUAAUGCUAUCAUAAUCUUACGCUACCCAUCUUAACCCCUUAAUGCUAUCAUAAUCUUACGCCACCCAUCUUAACCCCUUAAUGCUAUCAUAAUCUUACGCCACCCAUCUUAACCCCUUAAUGAUAUCAUAAUCUUACGCCACCCAUCUUAACCCCUUAAUGAUAUCAUAAUCUUAUGCCACCCAUCUUAACCCCUUAAUGCUAUCAUAAUCUUACGCCACCCAUCUUAACCCCUUCAAGAAAUUAACGCUGCUAGAGUAGGUUCCAGAAAUAAACGACAACUUUAGAAAAAAAAAAGUAAUGAAAACCUCAUGCUUCGAUGCGACGUGAACAAGCGCGCACUUGUGGUGAACGAACGAAGAAAUGAAGCGCAGCGUAAGGCAUGUACGAACCUGAUUUUUAAAAUUAGGUACCGAAUUUCCAGGGGAUUUCUCGAUCGGUUUCGCGUAUUUCAGUUCAAAUUCAAGACAUAAAAGGCAAGUUUUGUGUCAGUAAGUUAUUUGGUGAAGAGUUUACUACUGAUCUGUUCGGGUUAUGAAACUAAUAUGAACAAAUUUAGUUUGUCUAUGGCCGAACGUGAGUAUUAGCAGCCAUCGCAAUCGAAAUGGUUGUUUCACCGAAUGAUUAUUUCGGUAGGCGUGAGCGAGGAACAGCUGAAAUGCAUUUUGUGUGUUUGUUCCUAGGGCUCGCUGGCUAAGUAAAAGAUGUAACCGAGAUGAAUCGAUGCUUUUCUAUGAAACAAUAGUUUAAAAUGUGAGGUCAGGCAGUUGUAUGUAAUCCAAUAACGCGUUGAUACAAUGUUAUUUCUGUUCAGUUUUAUAUAUACAUAUAUACAUAUUAGUCAUUGAUUUUCACCCCAUUAUUUUAUAGCCAUGGACUACACCUGGGAGAUCAGACCGGCUUACUUCAUCGGUUCGGCAGCUCUAGCCACCGGUGCCGGUCUUCACCUCGCCGGUCUGCUCACACCGCGGUGGACGGUCAUCUCGGAGGAUGUCCACAUCGGACUGUUCGAGUGGUGCAGCUUUGGCGUGUGCACGGUCAUGCUGACCGACAGGAAACCAGGUAAGUAAGACAUCUUAUUGUCCCGUCUGUUAAGGAAGGCUCUUAGCCAAAAAAGUUCUCAUCUCAUUGUCCUGCCUUUCUAUCUCAAGCUACCACGUACUUUUUUCUUCAUUUUUUCCCCCCUUCACACAGCUUGAAAGACGCCCUUCGUGUAUUACCCCACUGCAUUGUAACAGUGCACAGUUUCCUCCCUGCAAGUUUAUGUUGUCAUAGCAGUGAAGUUAUCAGUUCGCAAUAUGAAUGGGUAGUAUGGUGAUCGCAGUGGUAUUAAUACGGAAUAAGCUUGGGGUAGGUAGGUGGGGGGGGGGGUUGUUCAUUGGAUUGGAUUCAGAAACAAACCUUGUUACUUAAAACGAAACCUUUCAUCCCAACAACUGUAACCAAAAGGCUCAAGUUUCGGGAGUCUUAACCUAUUGGCCAACUGAUCAAGUCCGUAUCGUUGAUUGGCCCCCAUGAUCAGUCGCUGUUCUUCUCUCUAUUCUCUCUAAAUCACUUGUACUACUUAUUUUAUGCGAUGAGUGUCGUACCAAAACUAAUUUUUUAAAGAAACUAAAUGUAUAUAAAGUAAACAAAUAUAUUCUUUUAAUCUCAAUUUUGGCGGGUCGUUAGCUAGUAUAUAUAUAUAAUAUAUAUAUAUAUAUAUAUAUAUAUAUAUAUAUAUAUAUAUAUAUAUAUAUAUAUAUAUCCUCCCAGCCACCGCCAUCCCUGCCCCCAAAAUUAAGUUAAGGACGACUUCAAAUAGAAGUGUUUUAAUUGAAAUUUGCUCAAACUGAAGACUUAUCCAUAGUGUCAAAUUAAUUUUUAAAAGUAGAUGGUCACAAUUUUUACGGCGGUGUGCAGUGCUCAACACAACUCCUGGGUAAUAGUGUGAAUCUGCUGGGAGCUUCUGGUUACUCAACUUAUCCGAUUUUAAACAAAUUACUGAUUUAUUGAUUUUGAAUGGACGAAGACAUUUACAUUGAUUCAUUUUAUUUUAAAUGACAAAAAAUAAUGUAUUAACCUGUUGUUUUUUUUUUAAAUAAAGUUGGGGUAUACGGGGUUUCAUAAUCUAUUGGUGAAACUAGUGGUGAAACUAGUGGUGAAACUAGUGGUGAUAAAAGUAACAUAUCCACAGAACGUAUCCAUAGCACACAUCCCUAGAAUAUGACUUUUUCUUUUUCAUCCUCAGCCAGCCUGCUCUCCUGCCAAGUUCUGGCCAUCCUAGGGUCGGUGUCUGGGUGCCUGGCCUUACUUCUGACCUUGUUCUACCUCGCCCUUCUCAGAUGUGGCUGUGGGUCAUGGAAAGGUGUCCUCGUGGGAGCGUCAUGUUUCAGCACUUUGGCUUGUGAGUUCUGAGUGUUCAUAGUGUGUAGAGUAUUUCCUUUGAUUUCCUUCAGUGGCUUUUUCGAUAUGCUGUCUCGUGUCUUCUCUUAUCUCCGAGACAGCUUCGAAGUCUUUGAAGACACGCUGUACAUUACAUUUAGUGAUAGGAUUAGGGCCAUCAUUACAUUUAGUGAUAGGAUUAGGGCCAUCAUUACAUUUAGUGAUAGGAUUAGGGCCAUGCUGAGGAAAAGUGGCGCCUUGUGGACAAAUGAAGGGGUAGGGUACCGACCUGGGCAAGGGGGAGCAAAGACUGAAAAUGUCGCUUUUCAAUAAAUAGAAAAAUGGCGAUUUUGGCGCUCCUUGUCUUGGUUUAGUACAUGGGAUUUUAUAUUUCAGUUCACCAUCAAGUUCUUAUCUAGAUAAAAUUUGGCGCAAACUUUGAAAUUUGCGCCCACGACCUUAGACCCAAUGAAUAGUGUUGUUUUUUUCUGCAAGUAACAUGAUUUCAUAAAGUUAUAAAAAAAUAAACUCGAGAAAUAUAUAUAGAUUAUUAUAUCUCCAUCCAUCCCUGUGGCGCUACAGCCUAUUGUAGGGCUUUGGCCUGCAUCACUACAUCCUUCCACUCAGACCUAACUGAUCUUUUUCCUCAUCAUUCAUCUGUCUAAGCCUAGGUCAGCCUACGAGCACUUUUCCUCAGGGGUUUUCAUGGUGCAACCUCUGAACUCCACUGUCAUUCUUUCUCAAUGUCCCACCCAACGUAGCCAGCUAUUUCAGCUACUAGCGUGGGAUCCUGAUAUAGACUGUACAAUUUCUGGUUGGUUCGUAUUCUCCAACGAUAUUCGUCUUUUCUUUGUCCGUAUAUUUUCCGUAUACCUUUUUUUCUCCCAUGUGUUUAAUAGGUUUUCUGUUAUUUUUGUUAGUGUCCCAUUUUGUUUUUCGUAUGUUACAAAAGGUCUGAUUACAGUUUUAUAAAUAGUUUUCUUUGUUUUUCUUCUAAUGUUUUUACUUUUGAGUUUUAUCUGAUUACUGAAGUCUGCUCCGAUUCCGAUCGAUAUUCUUCAUUUUUUUCUGUCAAUAGUUCAUUUAUUUCAUAUAUUAAGUAACCUGGGUGUUUAUAUUGAUUUACUUAAAUUUAUAAUAUAUAUAUAUCGAACUGUUUGUAUCAUACAUAUUGAAAUUUUUAUAUUCUUGUGAAUGUAAAAACAAUUCUAUGUUCACAAUGUUAAAGAUGUGCCUUAGAAUGUCAAUGAUAAGUUUGAAAACAACACGUGUAAUGGUAAACAUUUGUGUAAACAAUGAAUUAAAACGUGUCUUUUCUUUUGCCCUUUUAGUUCUUUCGAUCGUCAUCAACGCAUGCGUUUGGAGCUCAAGAACAAUCAAGGAUUUGCAUGGUUCUCACACUGGAUCCAUGGGGUACUCGUAUGUACUCAGCUGCGUCGGUGGUGGCGUGCUGGGUGCCGCUGGAAUAUACCUCGUGCCGCUCGGACGGUAUGAGACAAGCGAGUACCAGCUGCUAAGAUAAUGUUAAAUGGUGCCUAUGAAUCCUGAUAGACACAGUUAGUGUUCAGAUCUCUCUAGCCAAGGCCAAUUGAAAAAAAAAUGCUAAUGGGACCAGGCAUCUUUCAACUACGCAGACAGAUCACUGGGGGUCCUAGUCCCUUACGAUUCAACAGUGUUUUCAUGCCUGAAUGCAUCUGUUCAAGCUGUUCGCACACAAGUGUUGUAAGUAAAUAAGUGUGCAGCAAAGGUCUAGCACAAGAAUAGGGCAAUGGUGCGCUUCUGACGGCAUCUGUCUAGCACAAGAAUAGGGCAAUGGUGCGCUUCUGACAGCAUCUGUCUAGCAUGAGAAUAGAACAAAAGCGCUGCACUGACGGGAACUGCCAACACAUGAGGAAGGCAAUGACGCAGCACUGACGCAAUUUGUCUAGUACAAGUUCUGACGUCAUGUGUCUAGCAGAAUAAUAUGAUAAUGACGCAGUACUGUCAUCACGUGUAUUGCACAAGAAGAGGUCAAUGACGCAGUAGUGUGCAGGAAGAGAAUUUGUUAGAAGGCACCUAAGAGGACAAUUGAUAUGUGCACAAUUGACCUGCAGGGACCUGACACUCAGACAAAGGAUUGAAGAGAACUGUCCUGGACGGAGAACUUCUCAUUCAUAAUCGUAUGAUUGACCAGAAAGUUCCUGUAAUAAAGUCCAAAUACAUUUUCCAGAUACACACUGUUAUGGCAUAUGUGUAGGCCUAUUUUUUAGCUACCAAAACGUGUCUACCCUUUCUUUUGGUUUAAUAUUGACGUCAACGAGUAAAUGUGCUGCGUCACUCCUUACCCACCCCUCCCUUGAUUGGGAAAAUGUUGAUUACUUUCAAAUGCGUUCUAUCUUUUCCUACGAAUGCUAGCAGAAAAGCAUUUUAUAGAAUAUAUUUACUUCAUGGUUCUGUCUUAAUCCCCAAAUUUAUAGGCCGGAAGCUUUUCUAGCCAGGGUAAGAGAUUUUCAUAAUUUCUCAACAUACGCGAGAUGUUAUUUACGUGCAAUAUUAAAGUGCAAUAUUAAACACUUUAUGUGUAUGAAAAUACAUAAUUGCAGAUUUUGACUUGCUGUGCUGUGAGCUGUUUUAGUUUUUUAAAAUAAAUUUCUUUAUAUUUGAGUUUGUAUUAUUAUAAGAUUUAAAUGUUAAAAUUAAACUUAAUAUUUUAUUA